AUGUCGACGGCGGUGCCCGACCGCGACGUCUCCGGCAGCAGCAGCAGCGUCACCGACAGCGGCAGCGACGAAUCCACUCCGCCCAACUCGCCACCACCUCGUGACGCUUCGUCCAAACGCGCUGCUACACCCACGCGACGUCCGACUGCGUCCUCUUUAUCCCCUCCCUUAAACGUGCCAGCCCGUCGGCCGUCCGUCGUCCCUGUCGGUCGUCAAGCUGCGAUCCACGCGACGCCUACCGCCCCCAGACGGAAACGAAAAGCCCCGUCGCCGCGUCGACGGGUCGUGAGUCCUACGACUGCGACUGCAACUGUCAAGCGGAGGAAAAGAUCGGGCGAAGGAGCUCUUCGGGAGAUCCGACUCUUACAGCGCUCGACGAAGCUGUUGCUGCGUAAAUUGCCAUUCGCACGCGUCGUGCGGGAGAUCCAGACGGAGUUUACCGGGGUGGGCUAUCGCUGGCAGGCGGAGGCGCUCUUGGCGCUGCAAGAAGCAGCGGAGACGUACCUUGUCCGCACCUUUGAAGACGCGAACUUGUGUGCUAUCCAUGGAAAACGUGUGACGUUGCAGGUCAAGGACAUUCAGCUAUCACUUCGGAUCCGCGGGAUUCGACCAACAGCUUCGUAA